CAAACAACGUUAGUUUGAGCCGUGAAACGGACACACACUACUGCUAGUCUUCGCGACAAAAAGUGAAAUGCAGCUGUGCUAUACUUUAUAGUCUUAUUGCAGCGAGAAUUGAAAUGUAUUAAUUUUUCACUUAAUGAAAUCGUACUAUACUCUUCGUAUACGCAAGGAGCGAAGAUAUAAAAUACUUGUAGCACUUGUUAUUAUUAAGUUCUUAUGUGUUUUUUAGUCAGCAUAGAUAGGUAGAAUUGACGUAUAUAUAGCUAUACUGUAGCCUGCAGGGCCAGUAUCGCACACUUUUUUAUAUAUAUAUGCCUGCAAUAUGCUGUUGACAACUUUCUCACGCCAAUCUCAAAAGAAGAAGUAUUUUGUAAGAAUCGGAGUGUAAUUUUAUAAAGCUGUUCACGAAACCCUUGUUGCAAUCAAUGCAAUAAUAAAGUAAAUUAAACACCACCAGCCACUGCAUAACUAUAUCCUAUAGUCAACUCUCAAGGCAAAAACUUAACUAUAUAGGAAUAGAUGAAAAAACUUUACGCAGAUGGCGUAGCUUUUUAUGCAGUCCUUUGUUUCGUUCGAAAAUAUAUAUCUUUACUCGCCCUCCGGACGUCAGAACGAGCUUGUUUACAUCUUGCGAUUGAUAUAGCCGCCGCACCGGCGGCUCGAAAGCGCGUGGUGAAAUACGUUCACGUGUUCUGUAUAUAGGUACUUAUAUAAGUAGGACCUGUUGCUACAGGAUAAUGUCCUUAUAUUUAUAAAAAUGAGCGUGGCUCUACUGUGUGGAUGAAAAAACGUCGGUGUAGCAUUUUUUAUUGAUUAAUGACUGUGGAGUGUACUUGUUGUUAUAUCCAAAUAAGUGUCUACAUGAAAAAAUAAAAAAAAAAAAAAUGACAGACGCCAAUGACAACAUCGAAAGCAAUUUCUCGUUCCGAAUUUUUGACUUGUACAGAAGAUUCGUAGAAUUGUUGAAAAUUAAUCCGGACUUCUUGAUUGAAUUCAAAAGUGGCCAGCCUAAAGAAGAAAUCUGUCGUGAUAUGAUACAUAAGACAUUUCAACAUCACCAGAAAGAAGAUAAAAUUCUUCAUUUGUUGAAGUAUUUGAAUAAAAAUGCCAAGACAAUAGCUAAUCACGCAGAAAAUACUCCAAAUAAUUGGGCCGAUGCUAUUAAGUACACAGAUCAGUGCAAAAAGUUGAUAAGAAAAUACUUUCGCACUAAUGCUAUUGACAUUAAAAAGGAUAAUUUCAACUUAGAUGAAGUGACCGAAGGUAUCGGUGAAUUUUUGCAUAUCGUUCCAAAUAAAGUGCAGCUGGAAGCAAUCAAAGAUUAUUUAAUGCAUGAUCUUCAAAAUCCUAAAAGGGCUAUCAUUCCACAAAAAUCAAGUACAAAAAAUAAAAAAAAAUCAAACAAGUCAAGCAAAGAAUCAACAGAUGUGAAUGCCAAUGAUUCAAUAGAAAUAGCAAUGGAGGUAAUAUUUAAUGACUCAUUGAAGAGUGGGAACAAUGAUGAUUAUCAAAAUUAUCAAAAAUCAGCUGAAAUAGCUCGGCUAUUAAAGGAAAAUAAUGCUAAAUCACAAAAUGAACUUUUGCAUAUUGCAGAAGAUACAAAAAGUUCAUUGGAAGAGUCUGUUCAAAGUUUAAUAAGAGUAGAAGAUUCUUCAAAUGAAGAUGAAGAUAUUGACAUUGAAAUUGAAUCACCUGAGUAUGAAAGAUUGAAAUCAAGCAACGAAAAUCUUACAAAUGCUGUGAUUGAAUCACCUCACAUUUGUAAGGAAUUAAAAAGAUCAAGUGUUGGAUAUGGUGACUAUGAAAGCAUUAAAAAAAAAGUAUGUACACAAAAAGACUUUCAUCAGUCUGAACUUUCAAUGGAUCAACAUCAAUCUGAGAUUUGUAGUAAGAAUGAUGAAUUUUCUGAACAUGAAAAGAUACGAACAUCAACUUCAGAUUCAACAGAAACUCUAUCUACAGUUGAAAAUGUUAAAGCCAAUAUAUCUCGAAUAAAUUCUAAAGAGGAUUUACUUAAUAUUUUGGAAGACAUUAAAAUUAAAACAGAAGAAGAAAUUGUUCUACUAAACUUUGAUAAACAUACGCUAACCGUAACUGAAAAUUCCAGCUCAAACAGAGAACAAAAUUACUUGAAUCCGUUGAGCAUGACUUACCAUGAUGCUUUUAAGUUAAUGGAAUCUAUAAUGGCUUUUUGUGCAUUUAAAAAUGAAACUUCUAUAGAAGAGUUUCUUAUUUUGAGAAGAACAAGAGACAAGAUGCUUUGGAGAAGUCUCAAGGAAACAAAAAAGGAGAAUCAAUAAAAAAAUUAGUGAGUGUUAAAAAUCUUUAGAUUAUAAAAUAUUUUUAUAUGAAAACAUUGAAAAUUGGAAAAUAAAGUUCCUUUUACUUUAAAUAGUUAUAUUUUGUUAAAAACUCGAAAACUAUGCGACAUGCAUUGGAACCCGGUUGGAGAUAAUAAUUGGAAAAUCAGAUUAUAGUUUUAAAAAAAGUAAUGUUUUAUUUCACUAAAAAUGUAUUCUUUUAAGUCACAUCGGUACAGUACAAGGUCAUAUUGAUACAAAAUUAUAAAAUCUGACUUUAUACAACUCGGAAUUCGCUCACGACUUUUGUGCAUAAACGUAACAAUUUACAAAAUUAAAAAACAUCCAGAAAUUUUACAUUUAAUAAAUGAAACUUAAAAACAAUAACAACAAAUAAA